AAAGUAGUUGAGUGACUUAUUUUAAUUUAGUUUCACCACUAUUCUGUGUUCACUAACAACACUUAUAAUUCAUAAACUAUCAGUAUUUGAUACACAAGUAUUACAUUUUAAAAGAAGACUAUUUUCAAUUAAGAGAUUGUUUAAUUUUCAAUGAUGUGGGAAAAACGUAUAAAGAGUUUACGAUCAUUUUUAACUGAAGUCAUUAGUGGUGAAUUAAAUAUCGAAAGUUAUGACCCCAAUGAGUUAUUAGCUGGUGAGAAUUAUCAAAGCAAAAUUAUCAGUGCUGUUGUAAAAAUUACUAAGAAGAAAGACAUUGAUCAAAAUGAUAAUCUUUAUAUAAUCGUUAAAAUGGUACCAAUGAAUAAAGAUUAUCUAGAAAUAAGUGACCUUUAUUUGUUAUUCGAUAAAGAAAUUUUUAUGUAUAAAACAAUAUUGCCAGCGUAUAAAAGAUUUGAAAUUGAUAGUGGUUUUAAUGAAAGUGAAGUACUCGAAUUCGCUCCACUUUAUUAUGGUGGAAAAUUAAAUCCCAAUGCUGGAGGCAAAUGGCAUGAAGAUGAUAAUACAUUUAUUGUAUUGGAAAAUUUAAGAACUCAAGGUUAUUAUAAAAUCGAUCGGAAAACUGGCGCAGAUCUUGAUCAUUCAAAAUUAGCAAUACAAGCUAUGGCUAAAUUUCAUUCUAUUGGAAUAGCUAUGAAACACAAAAACCCAGAAGGAUUCGAGCUUCUGAAGAAAAAAUGUACACCAGCGACCCCAAAAUAUCCUCAAAAUUGGGUCGCGGUCAUCAAAUAUAUAUUCCAACUAAUAGCAAGUGACCCAAUGAUUCAAAAUUAUUAUGAUUCGUGUCAGAAAUUAUAUGCGCUGGAAUUGAAUAAUCAGGAAUAUGUGUCGUCCGAACCAUGGUCUUCAAUAAUUCAUGGAGAUUUUACAACUUUAAAUAUACUAUUUCAUCGGUACUCAAAUAAAACUAUUCCUGAUGAUGUCAAAUUUGUCGACUUUCAAAACCACACAUUUACUAGCCCAAUGCGUGAGCUUGCUUGCUUUCUUAUGACCUGUACUACUCAAAAAGUUUUUCAUAAUCACUAUGAUGAGCUUCGUGAUCUAUAUUAUGAGACUCUCAUGAAUAGAUUAACUUUAUUUGGUGUUGAUACUGAAUUAUACUCAAAAGAAAGCUUUAUUACUCAAUAUCGCUAUGAUGUACGAUCAUAUUUUUCAUAUUUUAUUACGGUACCUAAAAUACUCACUUUGGAUUUUGACAUAAACAAUAAAGAUGUUGGAGAUCUCCCGAAUCUUCUCAUAAAUUCUCCUCUAAAGGAUGAAUAUCGCGAAAGGUUACGAGACGUUAUUUUGUUGUAUCAUAAUAGUGGAUGGUUUGAUUGACUAUUAACUUUGUAAUUUGUUAAAAUUCUCAAAGUUGUAUCAUAAAUUAUGAUUUUUAUUUUAAUAUUUAUGACUGGUAGAUACAAAA